UGAGGCAACAUUAACAGCUGUCAUCUUAACAGGCGACGGCUUAACGGGUGUCGGCUUAACAGGUAGAGUGGAAUCUUUAUUUAAGGUUUUGGCUUAACAGGUAGAGUGGAGUCUUUAUUUAAGGUGUCGGCUUAACAGGUAGACUGGAGUCUUUAUUUAAGGUUUCGGCUUAACAGGUAGAGUGGAGUCUUUAUUUAAGGUGUCGGCUUAACAGGUAGAGAGGAAUCUUUAUUUAAGGUGUCAGCUUAACAGGUAGACUGGAGUCUUUAUUUAAGGUGUCGGCUUAACAGGUAGAGUGGAGUCUUUAUUUAAGGUGUCGGCUUAACAGGUAGAGUGGAGUCUUUAUUUAAGGUUUCGGCUUAACAGGUAGAGUGGAGUCUUUAUUUAAGGUUUUGGCUUAACAGGUAGACUGGAGUCUUUAUUUAAGGUGUCGGCUUAACAGGUAGACUGGAGUCUUUAUUUAAGGUUUCGGCUUAACAGGUAGAGUGGAGUCUUUAUUUAAGGUUUUGGCUUAACAGGUAGACUGGAGUCUUUAUUUAAGGUGUCGGCUUAACAGGUAGACUGGAGUCUUUAUUUAAGGUUUCGGCUUAACAGGUAGAGUGGAGUCUUUAUUUAAGGUUUCGGCUUAACAGGUAGACUGGAGUCUUUAUUUAAGGUGUCGGCUUAACAGGUAGAGUGGAGUCUUUAUUUAAGGUGUCGGCUUAACAGGUAGACUGGAGUCUUUAUUUAAGGUGUCGGCUUAACAGGUAGAGUGGAGUCUUUAUUUAAGGUGUCGGCUUAAUAGGUAGAGUGGAGUCUUUAUUUAAGGUGUCGGCUUAACAGGUAGAGUGGAGUCUUUAUUUAAGGUGUCGGCUUGACAGGUGUAGCUUAACAGGUGUUGCCUUAGCUAGGGUGUCAUAACUUUUGACUGAUGUCAUAGUAGAUUAAAGUUGUCAUGUAGCUUUAGCAACUCCUGGCAGGUUGGUUUCCUGAAAGCUCUAUCAAGUAACAGGCUGGAGAAUGUUUCCUCUGGCAUGUAAGGAUUGUAAUAUAAACUUCCUGGUUGACCAGAUAAAGAAGAAUCAGAAUGGCAUCCGUUGUGCUUCAGAAGACAUAUCUCAACAUCAAUUGUCCCGUAUUUGUUGGAAGAUGCUAUGAUGAACCUUAGUUGGAAAUCACAAAAUACAGGACAAACAGAAAUGUCAGAUUAAAGAUAGUUAAGAUAUGUUUUAACAAAGUUAUUGUUUACAUCAAAGUAAAGAUAUAUAAUAGUAAACUUAUGUCAUAUUAAAGUUUAUACACUGAUGACGUCGAUGAGUAGAACUUGUGGGCUAAAUAACUGUUGGUGUUAAAUAACCACACCUACAGCAAACUGUACACAAGGUAGAGAAAAGGGAGUGAUGGCGGCAGAGCAGGAGGUGAAAGGGGAGGGACUGAGCUACAGCAGGAGAGAACCAGUCAGUGUUGUUUGAUACAGAAAGAGGAGUGGUUCAGAGAGCAGAGAAAGUCAAUGAAGGAAGAAGCACAAGGGUGACAGAAAGAGAGAGUAAUUAAGAGGAUUUAGGAGGACCCAGUUGUAGAGAAUACUGCCGGAGUACUUGCUGUGACAAUGGAGUUGUGUGACUGGAGUGUGAGUCUGUGUGUGUGGUUUGUGAGUGCGUGUGCGGACCUGUGUGAGCACUGGCCAUGGAGGUGUGUGUGUGUGUGUUCGUUGUUUUUCCGGCUGCUCCACACGGCGCUGAGGAGGCUCCCCCGUCCUGAGAGGGUCUGUACACACCCAUGGAGGAACUGGAAGUGGAACAACCUGUCUGUCUCCAUGGUCCACUCCACUGUCACUGCUGUCUGGGCCCACGCAAGCGUGGCCCAUUCACCUGUCAUGUUGGAGGACAUGUAUUCAGCCAGCAGCCCUCUGGCAUACCUGCUGGUCUGCUUCUCAACAGGGUAUUUCAUCCAGGAUGCUGCUGACAUCCUCUUCAGCGGCUUUGCUAGAGCAUCAUGGGAGUUCCUACUUCAUCACUUUCUGGUGUUAUUUUGUUUCCUGUACUCGAUUGUGACACGCAAUUACGUCUCAGGCGUUAUCGUGGCAUUGUUUGUGGAGGUCAACAGCAUCUUCCUCCACACCAGGCAAAUGAUGAGGCUGGCCGGUGCUGACACCUCUUCGUAUCCCUACUCUGUCGUACGGCUGCUCAACCUCAUCACCUACGUGUUCUUCCGCCUGGGAGCACAGUUCCUCAUCACCCGCUUCAUCCUCCUGAACUACACCUGGUUAGAACACGCCCACUACUUCCUGGCCGCCAUUGGAGCCAUGAACAUUAUGAUGCUGGUGUAUCUAUGGCGACUGGUUCGUGCCGACUUCAUGACCCGGCAACAGCCCUGCCACCAUGACAACGGAAGAAGCAGAACCUGUGACAAGGACCACAGGUUCCUAAAGGAGGACUAGACAGGCUCUGAAAAUCCCAGGCCCAGGUCUCUAUUCCAAAACAUCAGUAGGGAACUACUGAGAAAACACCUGAUCUGCCUAUUUUCAUAAAUACAGCUUCCGCCACUAUGUAAAGAUAUAGCUUCACCCAACUCCAUAUAAAUACAGCUUCCCCCACUAUGUAAAGAUAUAGCUUCACCCAACUCCAUAUAAAUACAGCUUCCCCCACUAUGUAAAGAUAUGGCUUCACGCUACUCCAUAAAGAUACAUAGUCAACCUACUCCAUAAAGAUACAUAGUCAACCUACUCCAUAAAGAUACAUAGUCAACCUACUCCAUAUACAGUGCCUAUAGGAACUCAUCAUACCCUGUCAAAAUCCUUACCUUUUGUCAUAUUACACCAUGGAAAUUAAAAUAAAUUAAAUCUAUCUUUUUCCAGCUGUAUUUACACAGUAUAACCCUUGACAUCAAAGUGAAAAGAACAUUUAAAAAAAGUCUGAACAAUUAUAAAAAUGUGAUUAGUGAAAUACCUGGAGUAACCAUUAUAAACUUGCUCAGGUACAACCAGUCACUUCCCAGAUAAUACCCCUGACCUGACAUCAAAUGUAGUGGUAGCCCUGACCUAAAUCCAAUGGAAAAUCUGUGGAUGGACUUGCAGACAGCAGCCAACACCACUCCCCACGAAAUAAAAAGGCAGAAUGUAAAUAAAGCCAGAACCAAAAAUAUAUUUUAAUGGGUUUUGAUUUCAGGCUGUAAGACAAAAAAGUUAGUAUUUCAAAGGAGUAUGAUGAUUUUCUAUAGGCAUUGUAGAUAUAGCUUCACCCUACUCCAUAAAGACACAGCUUCACCCUACACCAUAUAGAUGCAGCUUCACCCUACUCCAUAAAGACACAGCUUCACCCUACUCUAUAAAGCCUGUGAAGAUAAUACAACUUUUCUCUACUAGACACAGUGGUCCAUGUCAAAUGAUAAAAUGUCCAAUUAAAGGGAUAAUAAGGGUUGGCUGUUUAAGUACUUUGGUUAACAAUCAGGCUGGUUAUAAAUUUAUCUAAAUUUGUCCCUUACCAUCAGGGUAAGGUUGUCAGCACACAGGUUCUAUGUCUGGUUAAAAAAACUAAACACUGUAUUCAGUGUCAUGAUCUGGGGAUGCUUUGCUGCAUCAGGAUCUGAUGGUGGCAGCAUCAUGGUCUGGGGAUGCUUUCCUGCAUCAGGACCAGGUGGUGGCAGCUUUGCUGCAUCAGGACCAGGUGGUGGCAGCGUCUUGGUGUAGGGAUGCUUUGCUGCAUCAGGACCUGGACAACUUGCCAUCACGGAAGGAAGCAUGGAAUUCUAAAGGAGAACGUGAGGUCAUUCGUCUGUAAGAUGUAGCGCAGCUGGCUCCUGCAGCAAAGCAAUGGGAGCAAAUGUUUUUUCACAGCAAUGUAUUAUAACCCAGCUAUAGCCAGGCAUCUGCCCACACAAUGUUGACAUGACCAGGGUUUUCCCACUCUGCUCAUCUUUCCUGGGAUUCAACACGUUCGCUGCCAUGUUUUCACUACUUUGAUAUUUUGGCUUGUACAGAGACUUCUGUUAUAGGUAUCAAGUGUUUUAUGGUGUAAACAUCAGCACAAUCUCAGCUACACUUAAAAUGACAUCAUAACAGUUUUCUGAGACACUGAAAUUUUGUGUGUAAACAUGCAAAAAAAAUAAUCACACUGACACUAAAGGAUGCUUUUACAAAACAACCAGCCAUCCGGGAAGCAAAAGCUCAGGGAUUCCCUCAUUUGGUUUAGAGAAGGCCGAUAUGUUGGGGGAACCCUGAAAUUGCUGUUUUCUGUAAUACCCCCAGAGUGCAGAAGUAAGCAAAUCAAUGAAACAUUAGACAUGCCUAGAAAAACAUAUUUUUCCAUCAUGACAUCUACUUCCAUAAAUAUGGAUAUUUUGUAAAAAUCCAAUCAAGAAUAAAAUAUAACCUUGGAACACUGACA